AUGAUCUUUUUUUUAUUAAACACACUUUGUGAUGCUGUUUUUGUUUUGUCGACUUUAGUACCUGGCUUAAAGAAUUCUGUCAUUGUGGGAAAUAAUUCUGAAUACUUGUCUAACUUGACCAACUGGAUAAAACCUAUUAAGAGUGACAGUGAUUGGAAACUCUGCUGGAGAGCAUCACGUGAUGGCUGGGAUAGCAGUCGAUUCCAUUCCCUAUGUGACGAGAAAGGACCAACAGUUACUAUUGUAAAGGUUGGAAAGUAUAUCUUUGGAGGUUACACCAGUUUAUCAUGGAGUAAGUAUUCUAGUCUUAGUUUGCGUGUUUAAAAGUGUCUAGAUUAUCACAUUUCAGUUGUACUAUUUAUUUGACGUUUCAUUUUUCUUUUUCCUAAAGUUAUCAUUUGUUCAAACUGGCACAUGCAUUUUUAUACGUUUUGGCCUUGGUCCAAGUUGAACGAUCAAAAAUAGAAGUUUUAUUAGUUGAAGGCAUUCGAAACCCGAUUCUCGAAUGUAGGAUCCUUGGGUAACGAAUUAGGUUUAGAUCGCGUUAUUGUGGAAAGCCAUCAAAGAUUUUCGAAAACGCUGACGGAAAAUACUGCCAGUUACCAUACAUGACCUGGCUGCAUGCAUUAACAAACAACAACGCGGUAAAAUUAAAAACAUCACUUCCAAGGAUAGGCCCGGCUGGGAACGAAAAUUUACCACCAGACAUGCGUUGUCGAUGGCUGAGACGGUGGACGCUUAAAAUGAUGAAUGUGUGGACCCGGAGCUUUUGAUGAGUUUAUAUUAAUACGAAAACGCUUAAGGUUUUGGGAAACGCAUUAAUGAACAUGCUGGCCUUACAGUGACGUUUUGUUGGAUUCUUUCUAUUCUUUAUUUAGGUUCUGGUUGCUUUGGCCAUCAGUACGAUUCACAAGCCUUUUUGUUCUCCCUGGUAAACAAGCCAGGAUGGGCACCUGUAAAGUUCGAUCAGCGGUACGGCUCACUGUCCGAAUCCAUAUACAGAUGUUACUCUGGUCCUACUUUUGGAGGAGGUCAUGACUUGCGAAUCUCUCCUAGAUACAAUUCAUUUUACACAAAUCUCGGCCACACGUACAGUCCGCCGAGCGGCUACAGCUAUGGUAGCACCUUUACUCAUUCAUUCCUGGCAGGAUCGUAUUAUUUCAAUCCGGGUGAAAUAGAAACGUUUUACGACGCAGCCUUUACAUCACAAGGUAGGUUCGAGGAUGAGCUAGCGUCACUAUAUAUUAUAUAUAAUUUUUCCAGGAAUUUUAAAAACUGAUAAGUAAUCUAGCCAUCCUAAUUAUAAAAAGUUCAGGGAUUGAUCAAAACACUAAUUUCAACAACAAAUUUUCAACGUAUAUCUUCUUCAGAACUUUUGCUUUCAUGUCAUUAUAAACGCCUAAAAUUGGUUACCGUUCUUGCUUGGGACGCGUAAAACCAACUAAAGGCCGUUAAUUAACACCCUAUUAAAUGUUUCUAGCCUCCGUCAUGCCAGGCAUUAAACCUCGAUAUAACCCUUUUUUAGGGUCAAGGGACUGGCCAAAUUCUUCGCUGUAACGAAGUUUCGUUAUACAUCAAGGUUCUUUUCCAUAUAUUUUACUAUUACUAGGUUAAAGAAAUUCGUUCGUUAUGCCGAGUACUUCGCUACAUAGAGGUUCGUGACACUUAUACGGAGGUUCCCGCACUUUACCCACUUUGACUGCAAUCAGGUCGAUUUCUAAAACAAAUAUUGAUAGAUGACAACGGCUGACUUCACGGUUAACAGGUGACAGGUAGCUACGGUUGAUCUAAAAAAGAUGUCAUAAAUUCGUUGGAAAAUUUCAUGCCAGGCUCAUGAUAUUCAUUGUAACGAUUUUGAAAUUCAAAUCUUCUAGAAGGAAACAUAAGCGCGCUGUUAAAUGAGGAGACAAUAUAAAAACCUCAAGUACUGACAACGCUAUCUAAAAAACUUCCACAGCUUCAGCUUGAACAAUCAGUCCAAGUUACACGGCUUCAACGACGGCGUCGCCAAGUUUAUCGCCAUUCCAAAAGAACUUUACCCUUUUAUUUCUAUACCUCUCAUCGGUUAAACGGUUUUAUAUUAAAAUUCAUGUAGUUCUCAAUUUAUUAUUUUCGUAUUUUUCUCUUAAACGUUUGUUAUGUUUGUUUACGGAGCUGUAGUAAACCCAAAAAAAGACACUCUGAUAUCAGCCUUCUUUAAUAAUUAGGAAACGCUACAAGUAUCUCUGUACAUGCACCUUUUAAAGGCGGGCGUAGAAUCUUAAGCUAUCUUACGCUGCAGUUUAAGGUGUUUCGAUACAGUUUUUCGAAGACCAUGCCAAGAUUUUUCAAACGCCUUAAAAGUAAUCCUCACUUGUCCGAUCGCUAUGACAUUAUCACCACGGACUGAUUUUGGAUUGAAGUUUCUUAAAAUUUAGUUCGAUAAAUAAAAUCGACAUCACUAUUACAAAAAACCAAUGAUUAAAACGUUGAAAUCGGUAAAAGCCGAAUUUUGCGCGAUCUAGACUUUUCCUGCUACUGAAAAUCCCACUUUAGGAACUUAAAGUGUGCUGUUUAGCAAGCAACCUCCGUGAGAAGUAAAAAAAUCUGUAUGUUUGUAUUGGAACAAAACGUAAAUUUAAUUCAAACCUUAUAUUUUCAAAAGCCGUUAUAAAUUAUGUAGUAAAAAAGUUCUGAACUACUCAAACUAAUCUUAAAUAGCGUCAGAAUUUAAUAUCAUAUUUCAAUGCUAGGAAAUUUUGGUAUAUUUUCCAGAUUUUCUUUUCCGAAUUUGAAAACUAACCUUUUCUGUCACCACCUUAACUUGUGUAAGUGCAACUUUAUUGUUCAAAAUGUUGACUUUUAUUGCUUUUCUAUAUAUUGAACGGCUCGACAGAAUUCUUUUUAAACCUCAUCACCAAAUCUUCACGAUGUAUAUAAUAAUGUUUGAAACUUUCAUGAAGAUUGAUUCACUGCAACACCUUUAAAUUUCAAGACGAACCUAACCUACAAACCGGUCAAAAAUCCGCGUUACAACGUUCACUGUUUUGAUGUUACGCUAAUGUUUUCAAAUUAAUGCACACCAUACAUACCUCCAUGAUUAGUACAUUUCAGUGAGGGGGCUUUAGAGAGUUAAAUCCAAAUUUUUUUCCGGAGAAGCAUGCCCCCUCGGCCGAAAUCGGUCAGUCAACCCAGAUCCGCGCCUGCAUCCAAUGAUCUUUUUUUAUUAACACAUUUUUGUGGUAUCGUUUUUGUUUUGUCCACUUUAGUAACUGGCUUAAAUAAUUCUGUCAUUGUGGGAAAUAAUUCUGAAUACUUAUCUAACUUGACCAACUGGAUAAAACCCAGAAGAAGUGAAAAUGAUUGGAAACUCUGCUGGAGAGCAUCACUUGAUGGCUGGGGUAACAAUAUAUUCCAUUCCUUAUGUGACGAAAAAGGACCAACAAUUACUAUUGUAAAGGUUGGAAAGUAUAUCUUUGGAGGCUACACCAGUUUAUCAUGGAGUAAGUAUCUCAGUUGACUUAUUUAAGUAACUGUUUUCUGGCCUUACCACCAGACAUGCGUUGUCGAUGGCUGAGACGGUGGACACUUAAAAUGGUGAAUGUGUGGACCCGGAGCUUUUGAUGAGUUUAUUAAUUAACACGAAAACGCCGAAGGUUUUGGAAAACGCAUUAGUGAACAUGCUGGCCUUUCUAUUCUUUGUUUAGGUUCUGGUUGCGUUGGCCAUCAGUACGAUUCACAAGCCUUUUUGUUCUCGCUGGUUAACAAGCCAGGAUGGGCACCUGUAAAGUUCAAUCAGACAGGAUUGUAUGGGUAUCUCCAAUUGUAUUCCAUAUACAGCUGUUACAAUUUUGGUCCUAUUUUUGGAGUUUAUGACUUGUAUAUUUAUUCCCACAAUUCUUAUUCAAAACUCGGCUCCACGUACAGUCCGCCGAGCGGCUACAGCUUUGAAAGCAACUUUGCUCAUUCAUUCCUGGCAGGAUCGUAUCAUUUCAAUCCGGAUGAAGUAGAAACGUUUUACGACGUAGCCUUUACUUCACAAGGUAAAGGUUCGAGGAUGAGCCAGAGUCACUAUAUAUUGUAUAUAAUUUUCCAGGAAUAUUAAAAAUGAUAUAUAAUCUAGCCAUUUUAAAAAGUUGCAGGGAUUAAUUAAAAACAAAUUAUAGGUUAAUUAAGACGCCCGCAACAACAAAUUUUCAACGUAUAUCUUCUUGUGAACUCUUGCUUUCAUGUUAAAAACGCCUAAAAAUGGGGUUACCGUUCUUGCUUGGGACGCGCUGUAAAAGCAAGGUCGUCUGAAUACACCUUACUAAGUGUUUCUGGCAUCUGCCAUGCCAGGGAUUGAAACCUCGAUAUAACGAAGGGCCGAGGGACUGGCAAAAUUUGUUCACUGUAACGAAGUUUCGUUAUAUAUUAAGGUUCUUUUUGAUAUAUUUUACUAUUACUGGGGUAAAGAAAUUCGUUCGUUAUGCCGAGGACUUCGCUAUAUAGAGGUUCGCCGGUUAUAUCGAGGUUCCAUGCACUGUAUACCCACAUUUGCUAAUUGCAAUCAGGCAGUUGUCUAAAACAAAUAUCGAUAGAUGACAACGGCUGACUUCACAGCUAACAGGUGACAGGUAGCUACGGAUGAUGUCAUAAAUUUGUUGGCAAUUUUGCCGCCAUGCUGAUGAUGUUCAUUGUAACGAUUUCGAAUAUCAAAUCUUUUAGAAGAAAACAUCAGAGCGCCGUUAGUUGAGGAGACAAUAUAAACCUCAACUACUGACCACGCUAUCUAAAAAAAUUCCACAGCUGCAACAAGAAAAAUCAGUCCAAGUUACAGGGCUUCAGCUAGUGCGUCACCAAGUUUAUCACCAUUGGUUGUUUUCACAGAUAUUAAACUUUAGGGUUUCAUAGUGGAAGUCUACUCUGUGUCAAUUCAUGUUCGAGGAUAAGCUAGCGCUACUAUAUGUUAUAUCAGUAUAGUUUCCAGGAAUUUUAAAAAAUAACAAGUAAUCUAGCCAUUUUAAAAGUUGCAAAUUUUCAACGUUUAUCUUAAUUUUCUUCUGAACUUUUCCUUUGGUGUCGAAAACGCCUUAAAAUAGAGUUAUCGUUGUUUCUUGGGACGCGUUAAACCAAGGGCGUUAUAACAUACACCUUAGUAAGUGUUUCUGGCAUCCGCCAUUAGGCAUCAAACCUCGAUAUAACGGAGGCGGGGCCAAGGGACUGGCCAAAUUUGCUCGCUGUAACGAGGUUUCGCUAUAUCAAAUAAAGAAAUUCGUUCGUUAUACCGACACGAGGACUUCGCUAUAUAGAGGUUCGUUAUAGUGAGGUUCCACUGUACUGACUUUUGCUCCGAUCACAAUUGCAAUGAGUGAGAUGACUAAAAAAAUAUCAAUAGAUGAAAACGGCUGAUUUCACGGCUAACAGGUUACAGGUAGCUACGGUUGAUCUAAAAGACAUGUCAUAAAUUCGUUGGCAAAUUUCCCGUCAGGCUGAUGAUGUUCAUUGUAACGAUUUUGAAUAUCAAAUCUUUUAGAAGAAAAUAUAAGAGCGCCGUUAGUUGAGGAGACAAAUAUAAACCUCAACUCCCUACCACGCUAUCUAAAAAAUAUUCCACAGCUGCAACAAGAAAAAUUCCAAGAUACACGGCUUCAGCUAGUGCGUCACCAAGUUUAUCGCCAUCACUGAGUGUCAGUGCAUCGGUUUCACCAAGCACUUUACCGUCAGUCAGUGCAAGCGUGCCACUCCUUUCAUCAGGUGAGUUUGAGGAGUUAGACACCUGGCCUUUUGUGGAAGUUCGUUCACCUUGAGCUACUAGAUAUUAUUUUUAUUAGCGUUGUUGCAAAUGAAGUAGAAUAGUUCAGUGAAACGCUAUUUUUAGUUGAUAAUGAGCGAUCUGAGGUAACCAGUUGUUCAAUUAUGUUAAAUAUAACAGCACAAGAUUGAGCAGGGGGAGGGAGGGGGGGGGGCUGGAGGAGUGGGGAGGCUGGAUUCAACCCAAGAUUAUUCUCAGAUAUUUUGGAACGAUUUGGGACAAAGUGUCUUAUUCUCAGUAGCUGUUCAUUUUAAUGUUAGGCGUAUUUUAUGAUAAUGUAAAGUUCAUAUAUUAAACUACAGGAGAGAUAUUAAACAAGAUAACCGUCUCGUUUCUUAACUUCAGACUUUGCAAAAUGGAUUGCUGUUUUUGUAGAAUUAAACUUUAGGGGUUCACAAUGAAAGUCUACUUUGUGCCAAUUCAAGCGCCAUAAAAUCGCGUUAAUUACUGAAAAUUUACUUAGUUGGUUAUGUUUGAAGAUAAUCCUGUUAGUCAACAAUGCUGACUAUGGUGGGCGAAUUGGUGGGCAGAGAAGUAACACCAAUACUUUGUACAUCUUGUUUGUGUCUCGCACUUUGUGUUCUACAUUUUGCGCCUGCUAAAAGUACCUGUUGUUAAGGGUAGGCUAUUUAUUUAUUAUUCUUCUAUAUAUAAAUCUCCGAAUUCAUGACAGCUUUUGUGUUUGUCUGUUAUUUUUCUGAUCCCUGCAUAGUAACAAUUCACACAAAUCCGUUUAUUAAUAAGAUGGUAGCUCCAAGAAAAGUGGCAUGCUUUAGAGGUGCUCUUAAUCUCGAGGAGGUACUAGGCGAUUUUGCAGGAAACACUCAUAAUGCAGUGGAAAAGUGCGCUGCGUUGGCUCGCGACAAACAUUACAUAAUGUUCGCGUUGGGGGAGAAUAGUGUGUGCCUAUCCGGAGCAGACGUUCAUAACAGAUACUAUAGCAGUGGUACAAAUAAUGCGAAAUGUAAAGACGGCAUUGGCAAGGGAGAUAGUAUGUUCGUUUAUUCCUUAGGUUAGUAGUGUUGCUUUAACUACAUCGUUCGAUCGUCUAAAAAUACUAGAGCUGCUGCAAAAAGACGAUCACAAGUCGUUGAAAUAGAUUGAAAACGUGACUUAAUUCAGUGGUAAUAAACUUUGAUUGGUUUAAUAUGAUCUUAAUACCAACAAGAGAAAUGACUUGUUUAAUUGUCAUGCUUUUCCUUUGUUUUAUGGUCCAACUGUUUUUUAUGGGGAGGUUUUGCCCCGAAGUCUAACCCCAGUUACCCUUUUUAAUAUCAUUUUUGUCUGACGGAAAACAAGAUACCCCUUAUUGACAAAUGGUGCCUCUUUCACAUACCUAGUCAUUUUGCGUCCCUUUUAACUGCCAUAAAUGCCAGUCUUUAAUAUAGGAAUAAAUCACAUAAUUCAUUAGAGCGUUUUCUUUACUUUUAAUCAUUUUUUUUCUCGUCUUAAUUUUUUUCUUUUUUAAUUUCUUAUGCAGACCGCUUGCCUGAUCUACAGCCAAUUGGAUGUUACCGAGACAAUGACGACAAAAAUCAGGGCGCCUUACCGGUUAUUUACGCAAACUUCAGUGGUCAGAUUAACUGGACACAAGUGGAGACAGUGCAACAGUGCGCACAAGUGGCCUUCAACAAAGGUUUCGAAUACUUCGCCGUUCAUGAUUAUGGAGAAUGCUACACUGGAGACGAUGCUUCGGAAAGAAAUACCGAAUAUGAUGAGAGUGCUGAUUGUGUGGAGACUGACAAAAAGUCAGGAUAUAAAGUGGGCAAAAAGAACACUUAUUUUUUUUAUCGGAUACACUAG